AUGAUAGCUGCGAGUUCCUCGUCGGUUAACUGUAAGGGUGUUGGGGUCUGGGGAAUCAUUUUAGCACCGGUUGGCAGGCAGCAGCCGACAGGGCGAGCAAAAAAGCGAAAGCGUGUUCGCUACGUGUCUGAAAAAACACACGAACGUGAGAUGUGUGCGGCAGCUGCUGCAGCACAAAACGGCCUAGCACAACACACGGCUACCACGGCGCGUGUAGGGAGGCCAGCGAAAGCUGGGAAGUUCUGUUCCGAUGCGGAAGAGAGCGAGAAUAAGGAGGGAAACGCGUGCAGCACUGCAGCAAGCACUCGGAAAUUUGCUGUGGCGUCAUCCGGGGGGCAGGCGGGUGGGCAGGGGCUGGGGGGAGGAGGGCGGAAGCUGAAGGAGUUGUAUUCACGGCAGCAGCAACAGAAGCUGCCGCGUCUCUCUGUGCAGAAGACUUUCAUCGUUCGUAAUCCCAUCAACAUCGCCAAAACUUCAUUGAAGGCCACCCUUGUUGAUAACAGAGUUUCCGUCUCUUUCCGUUUCGAUAGCCUUUCACCUCUUGAAGUUCGCCUCUUCUUUUUCCCAACAGGCCUCGCCAAUAUCCAAGACGUUGCGCCUCCUUGCCUCUUCGCCUCUCGGCCUAGACGUUUCGGGGUAGGGUUGCAACAGCAGUUUGAGGCAACUCCAGAAGAAUCUCCGCUGGCUGCAGACUGCCUUGCAGCCCUUCAAGCGAAAAGUAGUUCGCCUAAAGAGGAUUCUCCUGACACAUGUGACCUGCUUAUUCAGCUGCAAGCGCUUACCACCCCUGAGGAGGCGGCUGUCUCGGCUGAACACACGGCCGAGACGGCUGCAGGAGCAGCAGCUCAGGAGGGGGUGCGCCAGCAGCUGACGUUUGCAGCUUUUGUUCCGCAAAAUUCCCCCGAGAGGCGCUGCAGCGAGGAUAACUGCCCUGGAUCUCCUGAACUUAGCUCGCUUGGCUCCGGAACGGCUGCAGCUGCAGCAGCAGCAGCAGCACGGCAAGACUCAGCACCCGCUGUGUGGAGGCUGUGUGUUCUCAAGCAGAAAGUUGAACUUGGAUCGCGCUCCUUCGAGGUUCAGGAGAUCUUUGGCAUUGACGGAGGUUCGGGAGUUUGUAGGAGGCCUGAGAGCAGCUCUACUGACUUCAACGUCAAGAGCGACGCAGGGGUAUCUGCAGCAGACGCUGCAAACCCACACUGCAGCUCCAGCGAUGAUCACCUCUCCGGGAGGUGA